GCCGCGGCCGCCGGGGCGAGAGCGUGCGGGGGCCGCCGGCGCUGCCCGGCCGCGGGCGCCUCUGGGCGGGCGCUGAGGGCGCGGCCCCGCAGUCCGGCGAUUCCUGCUGAAAUGCGGCGCCGCACGCUGGCAUGAGCCCCCCCGUCGGGAGCAGCGCACCCCGGGCACCGCCGCUUUCCUUGGCCGCAGCUCGGUGUUGGGAAGAAAGGGCUGUCGCCGCGGAGCCGCCGCUCGCAGCAGCGCCGGGCGCCGGGCGCGGGACGGACGGAGAUAUCCAAUAUGAUAGUGGAUAGCCCAGACUGCAGAGGGCCAAACACCCCACCAGCAUCACUCCUGAGCUAGAGCAGCUGCACUAGGGCCAGUGCUGGCCCAGCACCUCUUUUCAGAAAUGAUGUGAGAAGCAGCUGUAUUUAUUGAAGUUUUUGCAGGUUCAGCACUCUGGAAGCAUGGCUACAAGUGCCGUUCCCAGCGAAAAUCUCCCCACAUACAAGCUGGUGGUUGUUGGAGAUGGUGGUGUGGGGAAGAGUGCUCUCACCAUUCAGUUUUUCCAGAAGAUUUUUGUGCCAGACUAUGACCCAACUAUUGAAGACUCCUACCUGAAGCACACAGAAAUAGAUGGGCAAUGGGCAAUUCUUGAUGUUCUGGAUACUGCAGGCCAAGAGGAGUUCAGUGCAAUGCGGGAGCAGUACAUGAGGACUGGAGAUGGUUUCCUGAUCGUCUACUCGGUGACAGACAAGGCCAGCUUCGAGCACGUGGACCGGUUCCACCAGCUGAUCCUCAGAGUCAAGGACAGGGAGUCUUUUCCAAUGAUUUUGGUGGCAAACAAAGUUGAUCUAAUGCACUUACGGAAAAUUACAAGAGAACAGGGGAGAGAAAUGGCAACAAAACAUAACAUUCCCUAUAUAGAAACCAGUGCCAAGGACCCACCUCUGAAUGUGGACAAGGCCUUCCAUGAUCUCGUGAGGGUAAUAAGGCAACAAAUCCCAGAGAAAAGCCAGAAAAAGAAGAAAAAGACCAAAUGGCGAGGGGACAGAGCCACGGGCUCCCAUAAACUCCAGUGUGUGAUUUUGUGACGGGACACCCUGGGAGUGCCUUGGACGCCUCCCUCCUCCCUUCUUGACCCACUGCCAGCCCAGGCAAGGAGCGCAGCUCGAUGCUGAUGCCCACACGGCCCCGUGGCCCCCUCGGGCUCCCUACGGCGGCUCAGACUCGGAGGAGGCAGCUCGAAGGGCCUGGACCCCCCCCCCAGAGAGGAGCUGCACAUCAGGGCCAGCGUGGGAGCUGUGUGAAUGGGAGGCGGAAGGGAUCAGCAGGACCUCAACUCUCAAACACCCCCAGCACCUUCCAGGGGCCUCCAUAAUGUUUAUUAAGAAAAAAAAAGGAAGAAGUUAAAAAAAAAAAAGUGUUGGUUUUAUCUGCAAACAUUUCUCUUUGUGACCCAUUUCUGAACAGCCUUGAAUAGCCCCCCUGUUUGGUACAGUCGUCUGUGUAUGUGUGGGGGAAGGGAAAGGGCUUUUCUUUCUCUUAAUUUUUUUUGUCCUCUUCUUCCUUUUUGUUGUUUGCUCAGCGAGUGUUGGGUUGCAAAGAAACAACGGCCAGGCUUAAAUUUCUUGCACUGAACUCUCUCUAGGGCAGCAGUGCCAAAACACAACUUCAUAUGAAAGUGCAUAGAUUUGGAGGAAGAAAAUUAAUUCCAGCUGCUCUGGGUGCUCCAGACAUUGUGUCAGACUCUGGAGGGCCGCCAGCUCACAGACCAUAAACUCCAGCUUAGGAAAGGAGAUUUGGGCUUGGAUUAUAUUUUUUUGUCUUACCCUUUGUCCAGAGGUUUUGUUUCUGUUUUGUAACUUUGGACAUAUCAAACUUAAGACGUUUUGUUAACCUGGAAGUAUUUAAAUUAAAGUAAUUUACAAAUGGAA